AUGCCCAAACCACCAGUGAACAGGUUGCCACCACUGCCCAGGCUGAGGGUGAAGAAGCCCGUGAUCCGGCAGGAGACGAACCGGUGUCUCGUGCUGAUGUCGAACCUGUUGCAAUGUUGGUCUUCCAACGGACACAUGAACCCAGUGUGUAGCAAUCUUGCAGAGGAGUUGAAACUAUGCACGGCGAAGAACGCACAAGGUGGGCAAGCUGGGCAGAAACAGCAGAAGAGCAAUAUCAACUACCAUGCGGCAAGACUUUACGACAAGAUUAGCGGGAAACCGCACGACUAA